AUCUUGUUCCUCGUGAAAAUGUAGAGGCAUGGUUGACACACUUACGGAAUGAGUUCCCAACAGUGGCCUUCAAGGCUUCCACACAGACACAGGCUGAUAACCUGAGUCAGAAAAAGGUAACCUUGGCCACAGUGAGUGAAGAUGUUUUGAAGUCCAGUCAUUGUAUAGGAGCUGAGAUCCUGAUGAAACUGCUGGGUAACUACUGCCGAAGUAAAGACAUCAAGACAGCAAUACGCGUGGGUGUAGUGGGAUUUCCUAACACAGGGAAGAGCAGUAUAAUUAACAGUCUGAAGCGAUGUAAAGCUUGUAAUGUAGGAUCACAGCCAGGAAUUACCAGAGCCAUGCAGGAAGUGCAGUUAGACAAACAUAUUAAGCUGCUUGACAGUCCUGGGGUUGUCAUGGCGACAGGUGCUAGCGACAUGUCUGUGAUACUCAGGAAUUGUGUUAAGCUGGAAACUUUAGAAGAUCCGGUAGGACCAGUUGAGGCCAUACUGAAGCGCUGCUCCAAAGAACAGAUGAUGCUCCAUUAUCGGCUGCCUGACUACAGCAAUGCUAAUGACUUUCUGGCUUUAUUGGCAAAACGAUUUGGGAAGUUAAAAAAAGGGGGAAUACCCGAUGUAGGGAAAGCUGCCAAAACUGUUUUACAUGAUUGGACAUGUGGACGGAUCACAUACUACACACAGCCUCCAGAGCAACAUUCCCUUCCAACUCAUGUCAGUGCUGAAUUUGUCACAACAAUGGGCAAAGAAUUCUGUCUUGAUGAUCUACUAGCUCAGGAGCAAAAGAGUCUGCAAGGGUUGGAAUCCCGAAGUCACAAACACAUGUUGGUAGACUCUCUUGGUGCAGCCAAGGUCGUCAUGUCCGAGUCUGACCUCGCGGCUUUAGACACACAGAUGGAGAGCGAGGAAGAGCAGGAGGAUUUUGACUUUGACGAGGGAGAAGAAGAUAUGGAGGAUUCAGACAUGGAGGAAGAGGAUGAUGAAGAUGACAUGAUAAAACAGAUGACUGUUUCCUUAGAUACAAAUAAGAAAAAAAAUGGAGGUAAGACCCCAAGGAGGGAUGAAGGGACAGCAGGAAGAAAAUCUGUUGGAGGGUCAGCUGAAAAACGUCAAUUAAAGGUCAAAGCCAAGAAAUCGAAAGGCGAUAAAAAGGAAGCACAAGAAAAACUCACCAAUGGGUUGUUACAGCUCAACAAACAAAGGAAACAAGACUUCAAAAAAAUGAAGAAACAAAGGAAAAGAGCAGAUAAAGUGGCAGGAGAACUUUCUUCAGCUCUGACAGAAGCUUUCAGUUUUGGAACGGAUUAGAUAGGAAAGACUGUUAGUAUUAUCUGUUUCUGCAACAUGGAGAGAAGAUCAACUUGUGGAAGGAAUUUAUGAAUUGUUACAUUAAAAUAUUUCUUAAUCCCCCUUU